UUCCGGGCACCCAGACUGAAAGGGCCCAAAGUUAUUAGUUCACCGGUCGUUUAUUCAAAGGCCACUGUUUUUGUGUGUACACCGGUCUUUUCCGUCAGUUAAAUAUGUGAGCGUCGCCCUUAAGUGGAGCGAAGUUUGUUUUUUCUUUUAUUUCUCGCCAUUCAGCUAUUUAUUUUAUUUAUUUAUCAUGAAUAUUAUACCAUUAUUGUGCGGUCUUGUGACUGUUAUUAUUAUCAUAAUAGCAUUCAUUUAUGAUUUAACCGAACCAGGCACUUCUUCGACCCCUACCGAAGUCUAUUACAGUGUCACCAAAGAGAACGGCAAAGCUUUAAAACAAGAUGAGGAUAACACUGUUUUGAACGGAGAACACGACAAACUAUUCUGGUUUAUUCAGGUAACUGAUAUGCAUUUUAGUAUAUUCCGUGACUUAAAAAGAGGACCGGAUUUAAUACAAUUUUGUCAAUCCCAGAUAAGUAUCAUUCGUCCAAAGUUUGUUAUCGUUUCGGGUGACAUUGUAGAUGCGAAAACUGAAAAUAUGCUUGGUUCACAACAAUAUUUAGCUGAAUGGAAAAUUUACCAGCAAGUGACGGAUGAAUGUGCUCGAGUGGUGCAAGGACAAUGGUUCGAUAUUCGAGGAAACCACGAUGUUUUCGACGUGCCCCAUGUUAAUAGUUCAAAUAACUAUUUUAAACGCUACACAAGUCAAAAGAAGUUCAGCAACCAAACAUCAUACAUGUUUGAUUUCAAUACCGGUUACGGUCGUUAUACAUUCAUUGGUAUAGAUGCUUGCUUAGCACCCGGUCCGAGAAGGCCGUUUAAUUUCUUUGGGCGGCUGAGAGAGCAGGAUGUGAACCAACUGUUGGAAUAUACGCACAAAAGUCGCAAUAGUAACCUAACGAUAUGGUUUAGUCAUUAUCCAACUUCUUUCAUCAUCUCCCCAGACUUACGUUCGGUAAUGAAAAGAGGUAUCGCUCACUUAUCUGGACAUCUACACACGCUAGGUGGACAUGUUCCUAAUAUGUACACACGCCAAAAGACCGGAAUGCUGGAAUUAGAAUUAGGGGACUGGAAAGACAACCGAAUGUUUCGCCUUCUCGCUAUCGAUCACGACCUUUUAUCAUUCACUGAUGAAGUAAUUAACACCUGGCCACUUGUUCUCAUCACUAAUCCGAAACAUGCUCUGUUUUUGGCACCCAGGCACGAACCUUUAUACAGGAUUGCCACGUCAACGCACAUACGGAUACUAGCAUUUAGCCCCAGUCUCAUCAAAUAUGUGAAUGUCUCUAUUGAUAAUAUAUUUCUUGGAUCAGCAGAACCUGUAAAAGAUGGUCUUUUUGUGUUACCCUGGCAACCGGCUUCUUAUGCAAAAGGUUUACACAAAAUAUCGGUCUCAGUCGCAGACUCUCAGGGACAUCAAAAGACUGUCGAACAACCAUUCUCUAUUGACAACAGUCAGCCGAACUUCAGUUUUGUACCUAAGCUGUUGUUAAUGAUGAAUCAUUUUGUGGUCGGUAGAGUAUUAUUUUGGAGCAUUUUCUUACUUUGGCUGACUAUAUUAAUUUUACUUCGAAACUGUUAUAGAAUCAGAAACUAUCUUUUCAUUUCGGACGUCCGUAUUAUUGACUCGGUUUGCGGCUGGUGUAACUUUUGGAUUAUGUUGCUCUGGAAAUUAACGCAAGUGGAUAAAUUAUUUUAUAUUAUUAUCUUCAUAUGCAUCUAUACUGGUAUUGGGCCAUGGUUUAUUGGAGAAUUCCUCGAAAAUGAAAUCGGUGCCAUGUUUGUAUGGGGCAUCGUUGUUAUGAAGUCUUAUAUACCCGGUAGUUUUACAUACUUUUUCGGUAUAUUUCAGUUUAUUACUUUCAACAUACCACUAACAUUUUAUGUGAGUUAUUACUUCGAUAGAGUUAAUUACAAAUUCCAGUGUUGGAAUCGUUCAUGUCACAACCGACAGAAUAACAGAUUUUGGCUUCCUACAUGGUGGUUAGCAAUGAUGGAGAUUCCAUUUAUCUGUUUGUUUUUAUUUCAAUUCUACCUCGCCUUAACCGGUUUCCCCAAAGCCUAUGGCAUCAUGGCAUUUUACACAUGUCCUGUACGAACAUGGAGUGCGAUAUUUCUGGUUGGUAUAAAUAUUUAUACAUACCAAUUAGCUUGCAGGGACCCUCCGGUGAUGCGACGUUCACCAAGCCAAGAUAGAUAAAAAAAAAAAUGUUUUCGUAUAUGGUAUUAUUUUAAUUGUUAUUAUUAUAAAGCUGUGUUCGUUUAUUGAUACGUUGCUAUCAAAAGUUUUUAAGCUACUGCUUUGAAACUUGGUGCACUGGUUUCCACAUCACUUCACAAAGGGUGUUUUGGCAAUACGAGUGGUCUGAAAGAAAGAAAUAAGGAAGUUUAGUCUCUUUCCUUCCUUGGCAAUUCUACAGAUGUUACUAACAUUGGCUCACGCUAUUUGUACUGUAUGUUUUUAUUUUACUGUCUCAGUUCAUCCAGUUUGUGUAAAUUUGUCAAUAUUUCUUUCUGUAAUUGGAGUUAUUCACUCCAAGCUGCGACUCAUCACCAAAAUGGUAACGAAUUUUAUAGAAUUUAAGUCUAAUAAAUGAAGGAUGUUUAAUAUAGCCACAAUGUAAGCCAGCAAAGUUACAAAGAGAAAAUAAUUGUAAAAAGAAAGACUGAAUAGUGGCAUGGGGAUCUUGGAACCAGUUUGGGGACGUUCUAUGUUGGUGUGAGGGAAGACAUGUAUCAGUGUGCGUAUAUAUAUAUGUGUGUGUGUUUACAAACAAAGGGAGUAAGUACUCAAUACACAAGUUGUGUGUUAAUAUUUGACAUUACUCUCUGUUACUAGAGUUUCUCUAGUAUCACUGAUCACAAUACGGAUUUCCAGUGAUUAAGACCGGAUAUUUAUAAUAUGGUGGACAGUCAUUGAAAUAAAGUAUGCAACCCCCCUCCCCAGAAAAAAAAACCAAGAAAAGUAUAUAUUAUAUAUAAAAUUAAUGAAUAUAAAUUAAAAUAUUCAAGUAAA